CGCAAAAGAAAUCAAUCCGUUUAUACUAGCUCAUGAUAAAGGUAUUGAAUAUUAGAUAUUGAAGUGUGAAGGGGAAAUCAUCUGAUGAGGCGGCUAUUCCAUUUUUAAAGUUGUUUUACCCGAUUCUACUGGCGCUCUGUAAUCGAAUUUUCCCUAUACGAUAUGGGUGAGUAUGCUGAAGCAGAAGAUAUCGCUAGGAGACGCUUAGCAGAGGAACGGAAAGCAUGGCGCAAAGAUCACCCCUUCGGAUUUGUCGCGAAGCCUGUUAAAAACCCUGACGGCUCGCUCGACCUAAUGACUUGGAAUUGUAGUAUCCCUGGAAAAAAAGGUACUUUGUGGGAAGGAGGUUUGUUCAGUCUCAAGAUGUCCUUCAAGCCGGAGUAUCCAACAACACCUCCAAAAUGCAAGUUUGAACCACCUUUAUUCCACCCUAAUGUAUUUCCAUCUGGUACCGUGUGUCUUUCCCUCUUAGACGAAGAAAAGCACUGGAGACCAGCAGUUACAAUCAAACAGAUCCUUUUAGGCAUUCAAGAUCUAUUAGACCACCCCAAUCCAAAAGAUCCUGCUCAGGCUGACGCUUAUACUUUGUUUAUUCAAAACAGAAAGGAGUAUGAUAGCCGAGUUAGGAAGCAAGCCGAAUCUUUUAGAAACCCUAAUUUGUGACUGACAUUUUUGCAAGAUAUGAGAUAACAUAUUUACAUGUAAAUACAUACUAAUCUUAAAUUUCGACCAUUCUGAACCAUUCGCGUCCUAUUCAUGUGCUAAAAAGCAAUUAGUUUUAAGGAGGAACACAAUGAAUCCCGUCAACUGUCUUGUGAUGUUAAACCCGUCAUCUUUCCUAUCCCACAGUAACGAAGUAGUUCUUCAUGGGUAUUGGAUUACCGAAUCUUAGCUUACUUUUAUAUCAUAACUUAAAGAUGCCUCAGUAAAUAUUGCCGCUGUAUUGCUUAAUCUGUGGUCCUGUAAUAAAUGAAUGUUCCUCUGAAGCUACCUGUGAUCAGACGCUAGUUACCUACAAAUGUUCUUUAGUAGCCAUGUUUCGUACCCAUACAG